AUGGCCGCGCUGGUGUUCGGGGAACGGACUGCGGACAAGGCGGCGAGGCUGCGGACACCCCUGCCCGCCCUAGAGGCGAGGACUGCGUGCGCGCACGUGCAGUGGGACGCCGCCUCGCCCGACACCGCCGUGCUCUUCUCCCUCGCGGCGCCCGCGCUGCCCAACGCGCUGCAGCUGCGCGCCUUCGCCGAGCCGGGCGGCGCCGUGCACGCGGCGCUGGUGCGCGGCGGGCGCUGGGCGCUGUUUGCCGACGGACGGCGGCGCGUCGGGGCGCGGGGACUGGGCGCGGGCCACCCGGUGCCAGCGGGCGGCAUCCUCGUGCUGGGCCAGGAUCAGGACUCUUUGGGCGGCGGCUUCUCGGCGCGCGAUGCCUUCAGCGGCAACCUCACCGGCUUCCACUUCCCACCUUUUGCGAACCUGGCCACGCCCAGCUCUGGCCACGCCCUCCCCAAGCGGGUCGGGCAAGUGCCUGGUCCCAGUAGCCUGACGCCCUUCACCCGGGUUCCCACGUUGCCCCCUAAUUCGGGGGCUGUGCGUCCUGGCCCCCUACGGUGUACAGGUGCCUUCAAGGCCCGAACAGGCCGUGCCCUCAGAGGAGUGCCCUACGUGGAACCCAGGAUCCCGUACCGAGGGCUCUUUGCUCUGCCUUCAACCACGGCCCUUCCUCUGCUGCUACCAGAUUGCCUGGCAUCCAUCCUCUCCUUUGCAGAGACUUAUCAGCGGCUGCAGGAUGCCCGGUCAUGGCCUGGCCAGGAUGUUAUCAGCCGAGUCAAUGCCUUGGCCAACGCCAUUGUGCUCCUCCCGGACCCUCUCUCUGAAGUCCAUGGACACCUGUCACCGGCUGAGGCCUCCAGCUUCCUGGGUAUCCUGGAGGGAGUCCUGGCAAAGGAGGCAGCUCCCCUGGGGCCUGCUGCAUUGCUGGCCAUCCUUCACUUUCUAAAGAGGGUGACAGCCCUCGGGGCCGGGGAGCCAGAGCCCUUAAGAGGGCCCUGGGAGCAGCUAGGCCGGGGCAUCGUGUCCGUGGUCAGCCUGGUCCUGGAGGAGCAGUUGGCUGGAGCGUGGCUGUCAGUCAGCAAGGUGGUCGGCGGCCCCAUGGCCCUGGUGGCAAGUGUACAGUGCCUGGCGCCCCUGGUGAGCACCGUGCUGACCCCCGAGUGGCCCCAACUGCACAUCCAGCGCCGGCGAGCCGGUCUGGAGGUGCAGAGCCUACACCUGAGGGAUGCCAGCAAAGAGGGCUAUGUGUUCACGAUGCCCCAUGGGCAUCCGGAGGGGCCCGGCCACAUCCGCAUCCCCGCAGGUGAAGUGAAGCAGCUCCUCGGGAAAGGCCUCUCCAGAGUCACCGUGAUCCACAGCUGGUUCAGCUCAAGUGUCUUCCAGCACACCCUAGGGGAGCCUGGCCUAGAGCCCCAGGCCUCUGACAGCUCAGAAGAGGCAAGCAAGACGCAGAGGUUUCUAAGCACCCAGGUGGGCUCAGCCAUCAUCUCCUCUGAGGUAUGGGAUGAAACCAGGGAGGUCAGCAUGGCCGUGACCUUUCACCUGCAGCACCAGGCCCAGAGGCCUCAACAUCCCCCUGCAUCCUCCUGGUCUCUCCCCUCCAUACUUGUUCACACACCUGCCCCAUGCCCCCCAUACACACUCACACACCUGCUCUGUUCCUGUUUCCUGCCCUCAGGCCUUCCCGCAGAAACUGGUGGAGCCUGUCUGUGCUUUCUGGAACUUCAGUAUCACCCCGGACACAGGGGGCUCCUGGGCCCCUACUGGCUGUUCUGUGGCCACUGUGGACGAGGACUCGACUGCCUGCUUCUGCAACCACAGCACCAACUUUGCUGUCCUGUUGCAGGUCAGAGGAGCACUGAGGAGGAGUCACUGCUGAGGAACGCUCUCGUUUGUGGGUUGCGGUGUGUCCUUCUGCGCCCUGGUCACCACCUUCUUGCUCUUCCUGGCAGCCAGGGCCCCCAAGUCAGAGCGAGCUACGGUCCACAAGAACCUCACCUUCUCCCUGGCCUCUGCCGAGGGCUUCCUCAUGGCCAGCGAGUGGGCAAAGGCCAACAAGCUGUAAUGCACCUCCUCUUUUUGGUCGCAUUCUCCUGGAUGUUGGUGGAGGGCCUCCUGCUGUGGAGCAAGGUGGUGGUCGUGAGCAUGCGCCGGGGCCCCGGGAUGACGCUCUACUACGCCACAGGCGGGGGUGUGCCUGUGGCCGUUGUGGCCGUCACCCUGGCCAUGUCCCCCCAUGACUACGUGGCCGCCGGGCACUGCUGGCUCAGUGUGCACACAGACGCCAUCUGGGCCUUUGUGGGCCCUGUGCUCUUCGUGCUGACUGCCAACACUUGCAUCCUGGUCCGCGUGGUCAUGGUCACUGUGGCCAGUGCCCGCCGCCGUGCCCGCGUGCUGAGCCCACAGCCCUGGCUACAGGAGCAGGUCAGGAUCCAGACAUGCUGCGACACCCUUCCUCUGAGCCAGGACUGGGACCGGGACCCCGUCUCCCCAGUGCCAACCACUUCUGGGUUUGAGAAGGGACAGCCAAGGGCCGCGGUGGAGCCGGUGCUGGUCCUGCUGCCCGUCCCUGAGGUGCUGGUGCACCUCAGCCCGGCCUGGGCCUGCGCCGCCAUGGGCCUCAAUUCCUUUCAGUUUACAGUCGAGGGAGCUGAGGUCCAGACACUCAGGGGUGUGGCAGAGGUUCCGGGCUCCGGGCUGGUGCUAGAGCUGCUUGAGGCCUCGGACCCCCGCGACGUGUCCCCUCGGGCGCAGUGGGUAGCCGCUGCCCUGGAGAGGGCAGCAGGUAGAGGGGGCUUGGUCCGGAGGACGACGCUCAGCCCCGUAAAUGAGGCAGUCGCCGUGGCGCUGCGGCGGGCCUCCCACGGGCCUGUUGGGGGGCCUGCGUCCGGGAGCCACGGAGAGGCCCCCCUGCAGCGGUGGCCUGGGCAGCAGCGGGCCAUUGCCAUGGUGACCACUGCGGUCAUCCCUGUGGCGGCCCUCCGUCAGCCGCAGACCUUCCUUGCCGAGGUCUCCUGGUGA